AUGAAGAAAGAGCGCGUGAAGAGUGCGCUAGAGCGGUUGGAAACCUGUACAACAAGAAUCGAUCAUUGGGCUACUAGGGCCGACAAGCUACAGGAUGACAUGCCGCAAUGCCGCUUAAAGCUGAAGUUCUCCGCAUCAUUGAAUACUAUUCAAGGGAAUGCGACAAAGUUACAUGACGGUAUUUCUCGAAAUUGGUGUAACGACACCUCGACCCAUGUCGCUCGUCUGCUCCUCGAGCAACGAAUAGUCAGACCAAAAAGAAACAAGAGAUCUCUGCAAGCAGCAAGCUUGAACCUAGUGGCGCAAGCCACUUGUUUUGGUUUGAGUCUUCUUGGUGACUGCAACGCGUCUUCUCGGUGGUUGAAUUCCGAGAUGAAGAUUGAAGACCCUUCGUCCAGCACAGGAAAUGCUCGAGUGACGCUGUCAAUUCCAGAAGAUGACCACGACUCCGCGAACCUCCAACAUAUUACGAGCUUAUGCAAUGUCAUAAGACCACCCACGCAUGAGUUCUUGGAAUUUUCGCUUGAUGACAAGGGGUCUAUUAAAUCACGCCAUUCCUCGAAAGGGACUGAUGUGGAAUACGCCGAGCAGACUUUGACACUCGGAGCUAUCCUUCCGCAUUUCCAAGCCAAACUCCCUUUCGCAGAAGUUUAUGGGCUCGCCAUCACCUUGAUAGCAUCGGUGCUCCGACUUAAUCACACUCCGUGGCUCGAAAACACAUGGAGUAAAAGUGAUAUUGUUUUCGCACGAGCGAAGACCAACAUACCAUCUACCGUCGACCUAACAUAUCCCUCCCUAGUGAAGGAAUUCUAUCAGGAUUCGAACCACCAGCGACCUGAUCGCACGCCUGUCAACAGGACCUGCUUGAACCUCCUUGCAUUGGCAAUUAUGCUGCUUGAAAUUAGCUCCGGGAAGCCCGUUGAGCAAAGAUUCGGAGAUGAUCAAAUAAAUAAGACCUUACCCAAUGAUCAAGCUCACCUUCAACUAGCAGAUGGAUGGCUCAAGGAGGAAAAAGCUCAUGGGAGAUUAUCAACUGCAUUUUCCCAGGCUAUUUUGACCUGCCUACAAGGAUAUCUCAACCCCGACGCAAGUUUCGACAACGACGAAUACUGCAAUGCCUUCAAGGAAAACGCUCUCGUGCCACUUGAACAAGAAAUGCAGUUCCUUCUCUUUGGACCACCCAGGUAA